AUGGCAGAGGGUGAGAGAUCAGUUGGGGGUAACGAGAGAGUUACCAACAAUAGAGAUGACAGUGGGAAAGGAAGAGAAAGAUCUAUGAGUCCCAGAAAGAGAUUUGAAAGAAAGAUGGAUGCCUUGAUGGACAUGGUAUCUCUCAUGAUGGGGAAAGUGGGUCAAAAUACCACUCCACAAAACAACUCAGGGCAUAGAGGAGAGCAUAGUGCCUCCAACCAGCAUGAUGGACAUGCAGCCCGGACUGUGUCAAACAACACUUAUAUUUCUUCCAAGCCAUUCAAACCCACCUUUUUGGCACCUGAAAACACUCAGCCAGAGCUUGAAGAGAAUGCUUCAUUCGUGGAGCAGUUGAGACUUGGUCGUGCAGAGUAUGAUUCUCUACCUGACGACAUCAAGAUGGAUAUGUCCUAUAACGAUUUCAUGGAUCAUAAAAGGAAAAACAAAGGACAAGGGAGACACUAUGAUCAAAGAAGACCAUCAAAUCAAGGAGACUUGUACCAAGCUGUCAACAAGGUGACACUUCCACACUUUGACGGGAGUGAUACCAGUUCAGCCCGAGCUUGGAUUCAGAAGCUUGAUAACUAUCUAGCUCUCAGACCUAUGGCAAAAGAGGAAGCGAUCAAGUUCGCUACGCUACACCUUGAUGGGGUGGCGCAUGAAUGGUGGUACCAUGGCCUAGUUACUCUGGGUCAUCGGUCUAUCACAACUUAUGAUGAGUUCACUACUAGGCUCAUCGAGAGGUUUGAAAAGAAGGAUCCUGAAAUUCAUUUCAGAGAACUGGCACAAUUGAAACAGUAUGGCACUGUUGAUGCCUACAUUGCGGAGUUUCAGAGACUCUCAGUCAUGGUGACUGGAAUCACGGAGAGGAGAUUGGUGAUCCUUUUCAGUGAAGGGUUGACAGAACCACUCAAAGGUUGGAUUAAAGCCUUUGAUCCACCAACCCUGCAGGAGGCCAUGAAGAAGGCAAGAAACAUGGAGUGGGCUGCUCCUAAGCAAUCUGAUUUUGAAGAAAGUGAGGUAGAAAGAGCUCCAAAAGAGUCCGGAGAUGAGAAGGAAAGUGGUGGAGUUUUGGCUCAGCUUUCAAGCUUCCAAAGAAAUGAAUCAUUCAAGGUUCGAGGGAUGAUAAAAGGGAAGCGAAUCGUUGCCUUGAUCGACACUGGAGCAACACAUAACUUCAUUGAUGAAGUUGUGGUAGCAAAGAAGGGGCUGCAAACAGAGGAGUUUGAGGGCUUCAAGGUCAUGGUUGCCGAUGGAUUCCAUAUUUCAUGUACUAAGAAAAUCUCGAACCUGACCAUGCAAUUGGGGAAUUACGAAGUCAAGGAUGACUUCUAUGUAGUCCACAUUGGAGAUACCGAUGCUGUCUUAGGCAUUCAAUGGUUGUGUUCUCUUGGGGAGAUCUCCUUGAAUUUGCAGACUAUGGAGCUGAAGUUUCAAUCUGAUGGGAAGAAGAUAGUUCUAAGAGGAAUGUCCAAUGGGGGCCCUCGGGUUGUGUCUUUCAAAAGAAUGGCAAGGCUGAUCCGUCACGAUCAAGUCGAGUGGGUUGCAGAGUGCAUGAUCCUUCCUGCUAGUCCGGUUGAGACUAAACGAGACCAUCCUCCUGAUGUUCAGUCUCUACUCACGAAGAAGAGCAAGGUCUUUGCAGACUUGCCUCCUGGACCACCACCUGAACGGGGUUCAGAACAUAUCAUAGAGCUCAAGGAAGGAGCUAAACCGGUGAUUACAACUCCAUAUCGAUACCCGAAGAGGCAAAAGGAUGAGAUUGAGAAGAAUAUUCAAGAACUCUUGGAGAUGGGUUUCAUUCGGCCAAGCAAGAGCCCCUUUGCAUCUGCCAUGGUUCUUGUGAAGAAGAAGGAUGGUACCAUGCGCAUGUGUGUGGACUAUCGUGCUUUGAAUCAAAGCACCAUAAAAAUGAGAGACCCCAUUCCUAGGAUAGAUGAGCUCAUUAAUGAGCUACAUGGGGCCAAGUUCUUCUCGAAGAUCGAUUUGAGAUUGGGUUACCAUCAGAUUCGAAUGAGAGGAUCGGAUGUGGAGAAGAUAGCUUUUAGAUGUCACUAUGGCCAUUUCGAAUUCUUAGUCAUGCCAUUUGGGUUGACUAACGCUCUGGCUACCUUUUCAACUUGGGAGGAUCGUCUCAAGCACUUGGAGGAAGUGCUUAGUAUUCUGGAAUCUGAGAGUUUGUUUGCAAAAGCAUCCAAAUGUGAAUUUGGAAUGGAGGAGUUACUGUACCUUGGCCACAUAAUCAGUGCUGAGGGAGUAAAGGGGUAUUCACAGAAUGCUGCUCCCCUUACUGAUCUCACCAAAAAGGGAGCCUUUUGUUGGUCAGAAAAGGCUCAAAUUGUUUUUGACAAGUUCAAGAAGAUCAUGAGCUCGUGCCCGGUUCUGGCUAUUCUGGAUUUCUCUAAGCCAUUCGAGCUGCAGUGUAAUGCAUCAGGUGAAGGAGUUGGGGCUGUCCUGAUGCAAGACAAACACCCUAUUGUGUUUGAGAGCCGAAAAUUAAGGGGUGUGGAAAGAACAUACUCAAUUUAUGACAAGGAAAUGCUUGCCAUUAUGCAUGCAUUAGCCAAGUUCAGGCAGUACUUGGUGGGGAACAAGUUUGUGGUUAAGACUGACCAUAAUAGCCUCAAGCAUUUCAUGCACCAAAAGGACCUAAAUGAGAGGCAACAAAAAUGGCCUUACAGACAGUCUACUCUCAAGAAGAGUGGAGCUGAGAAGCUCAAACCUUGUUUCUAUGGGCCAUUCAGGGUCAUCAGAAAAGUUGGGGCAGUAGCUUAUGAGUUAGAGCUACCUUCUGAUAGCCGAGUGUAUAAUGUUUUCCAUGUGUCUCAUCUCAAGAAGGCACUUGGACAUAAUGUGGUUGCUUCAUCACAGUUGCCGCCUUUGGAUGAGGAGGGAUAG